AUGAUUGUUGGUGCUCGAUUUACUAACACAGCUAGACAAAGCACAGCUGGUGAUAAGAAAAAAUCCGGAAAAUUACCAAAAAAGAAUUCGACAUCAUGUCAAACUUUUAUAUCCGUCAAAUCAAAAAAUGAUCGACCCAUGUCACAUUCAUCAUGCAACGAACAAAACAGUAAUCAAUUUUCCGUUUCCGCAUUUCAAACAAUACAUUACGGCUCUCUAACCAAUCUUCAUUACAUCGGAAUUAACAAAUGGGGUUUAAUCUGUCAACAAAGUUUUGCUUUAAAAGUAACAUGGCGUAAAUUAUGCAAAAUACCGCAUUCCGCAUGCCGUAAUAUCAAUUCUAUUAUGGAGGAAGUCUUUAAUCGUCUAAAUGAGAAGAAUAAGACACUUCGUGAUAUCUUUUACAAUGCGGCAUUUGUUAAUGGUAUGGCGGAACGUCGUACAAUUGCAACAUUGCAUGAUCAUUCACAUUUUUUCAUCUCGUUAAUUAGUCAAAUUAUCAAAUCAUUGGAUGUGGAAUCUGAUGAUAUCUUCAAACAUAUUAAUAAAAUUGGUUUAUGUCAUUUUCAUUUAACAAAAUAUGGUUUUCAACAAAAACUUUGGGAAAAAUUGGGUGAAGAAUUGAUCGAUGUAUUGGUUGUACAGAAUUGUGUUCGUAGUUUUCCUGGUUCAUGUCGCGCAUGGACGAUACUAAUCUCCAAUCUUAUCGAUCAUCUAUCUGCAGCUACAAGAAAUUCAUAUUCUGUUUGUGAUGGCACAAAAUCACAAUAUCGUUCAAAAUUGACUUCACCUGCUAUCUAUCUCAAAUCAAUAUCAAAUUCACAACAAAAUUGA